UAUCAGGGAGCAAAAUAUUGAUAUUGUCCUCAUAUUCUCAUCUUGAUAUGCAUUUUUAAAUAUUUUUCUACGAACAUUUAUAUGCAAUGUCAGAAUCUAAUGAACCUGUACCUGGAUUAAAACAAAAGAAAGUGUUUAAAAUUAUAGUUCUUGGAGAUUCUGGAGUGGGUAAAACAUGCCUUACUUAUCGCUUUUGCGAAGGUCAGUUUCUGGAUAAAUCUGAAGCUACUAUCGGGGUAGAUUUCCGAGAAAGAACUGUACGCAUACGGAAUGAAGAUAUUAAGCUGCAGCUAUGGGAUACAGCAGGUCAAGAAAGGUUCCGGAAAUCUAUGGUCCAGCACUAUUACAGGAAUGUGCAUGCUGUGGUCAUAGUUUAUGAUGUCACAAAACCGGAAACAUUCCAUUCCAUAGCAAACUGGAUGCAGGAAGUGGAGUCGCACGGGCUGACGGGCGCGCCGCGCGUGCUGGUCGGCAACAAGUGCGACUGCGGGACGCCCGAGUCGCGGCUGGCCACCACCUACGCCCAGCGGCUCGCUGACAAACAUGGCAUGCCGUUAUUCGAAACAUCAGCUCUCUUGGACUCCGAGUGCAACAAUGUUGAAUCUAUAUUCAUGACGUUGGCUCACAAGCUGUAUUCUAAACAACCGCUGCGCGUUCUCAGCGUUGAGGGUGAACGUGGUCCCAGACUUGUGACGUUGUCGCGACAGAAGAGGAACAACACGAGUAGCGACGGUUGCCUCUGCAGCUAGAGGGACGAACGUCGAACGAGGCUGAGAGCCAAGGUCGCAAGUGUUAAAACUAAAUAUAUAUGAACCAUGAAAAUUCAAAUUCACUGCCUUCGAUUGGAAUCAAAAUUGGAAAUAAUGGUUUAUAUGGAUAGACAACACGAUAGUUUCCGGGUAUUUUUCAACACAAGGACGCUAUCUCUUUCUCUCUUACCAAGUUUGAGGAUGAUAGUCGAAUUAUUUUCAUUCAUAUUAAUUUUUUUGUUCCAAUGUAGCCAGGAUACUUGUUCGAACUGUCGCUUGAUUGGGUGUUCAUUCUCAGUCGUCCUCAAUUUAACCUAUACCAAAUGUUACCCGCUAAUAAAACCAUAUUCAAAGAUAAAUAAUUAUAAAAUUAAGUCGAAAGUACUGGUAUGGAUAUAUUGUAAUUCAAACGGUGAACUUAUUUAAAUAAACAAAAUUCCAGCAUAAUUAUAAGUGUUCUGGACAAAAGGCUGUGUUUAGGAUACCUUAUAAUAGAAUAAAUAAAAUCUUCAUUAAAAACUUUAGAGUGUCCGUCAAAAUGACAUUUUUUAGGGUUGCUAGUGAAAAAAAUAGUUGCAAUUAUUUAAUAUAAAACGGUUUAAUCCCUAAACACGUUUAGACACAAUUUAAAAGAUUAAUAAAUAUACAAAUAUAUAUUAAAUAAACUAACGAUAAAUUAUAAUUUUUAAUAUAAUCCGUAUUCUAAGAAACCGAAAGAGAUAUAUAUUUAAAUGUAAUAUAAAGUCAGCAGUUUGGUUUUCUUCAAAAAACUUAAAGCUGCUAUAAUGGGUCAAAUGAUGACGCAAUUUACUUUUAAACAAUUUACAUUCCACAUAUUAUUUAUUACCUAUGUUUAUUAUAUAUAUAGUUUUUAUUUCAAGUAUAAUUAAACGCUGUGUGUAGCAGUUACAAGAUAAGUAAUCGAUGAUUCCUUGUUCAAACACUAUUGAGUUUUCAUAUGCCUAACAGAUGUUUAUAAAUAAUUCAUGUGUUGGAUGACAAUCUGCCAUGUGAUAUAUUAAGAAGCUUCUCCUCAAAAAGGGGUGGAGGCUUCAGCCCAGCCGUGGGACAUUUACAAGAUUUCACUUACUUAUCUAAUUUUUCUAUUUUCCACAUAAUUUUCAACGAGCAAUUGAAUUUCUAUUUAGUAAUAACUAGAUCAAAUUAGUUCUAAUAUCUUGUCAUUUGUUUUAAUAUUGGCAGCCUAGUAUAAUUUUUAAGCAUGUAACGCUGCCUUCCGAGUCUUAUCUAGAUAAAAUAUUUAAUCUUUGCCUGUUUUACUUUUUAUUUUAUUUAUAUUAAUAAUAAGUUCAAAUGUAUGAUCAUUAGUAAUUACUAUAAAUAUUCGAAAGUGUAAUAAUUUAUCCUUUUUAUAUAUUUUGUACAAGUAUUAGCCGCGGUCAUACCGGCUUCCGUGGCACGGAAUAAGGGCUGUUAACAUUGCCAACUUAUAAAUUAAGGGCUGCUGCUGAGAUUCCUUGACAAAAAACUCGAUAUCAUUUUAUUAAGCCGAAAUUCCUAGAGAUCCCCAUUUUUUACUUUUUUUGACGGUGGAAAAACGCUUUCCGCGUUUUCCCCUCGGGAUCAGUGAGAGCCCCACAUGGGGUAUGUGGGGCUCGCCGGUGUCCAAAGAGCCGAGUGCGCCCCAAACAUCGAAAUACCUACUAAAAACCAGCGGUACCCUUUCCGUCUUAACGAGCGCCACGGGAUCGCUUUCACUCGUGACCACGACAUGUCAAACUCUUAAAACGUCGAUCUAACCAAUACAACAAAUGUAUGACUGUUAAAACCCUAAUAUAAUUUAUAAAAGCAUAACACACGCGAAAGUUUAAAGUCUUCAAGGCUAAUUAUUUAUUUUUAAUACACAUCGACUCGUAUCUUCUAUUCCAUCGGCGGAUAAUUUUCUUGCGUUCACGACAAGAAAAUUAAAUGCAAAAGUCUUACGAAUUAUUUACCAAAAAGGAAAACCUGGAAUGUAUUUUCAAAAGUGUCAACAAAUUUUGUUUAUCGAUACGCAUAUAGUGCGCUCACGUCUACCAGCGGGCAGCGAGUGCCUCGCUCUGCGAUAUUUGUAUAUAAUUAAUUAUUAUGAAAAUGUAUAUACCGGCUAUGGAAAAUGUGCCAAUUUAAUACAUUUUAAGCUAGAUUGAAAAUGACAAAUAUUUAGUAUUACGAUGACUUGUAGUAACGAUAUUGUUUGGAAAGUAUAAUAUACAGGCAGUGUUUUAAAAAUCAGUUUUUUCUCUAUGAUUAUUAUUUAUGAUUAGUUAAUACUGUGUUGCUAUUUAAGAAAAAUAGUUGGAAGGCGUUAUGGAAAAGACGCGGUUUCAAAUCCUGCUUACAAAAUGCAACACCCGUAAAUGAAAUCAAUAAAAUGCAAAUCGUAUGUUUAUGUAUAUAUUGUUAUGUAUUUAUUUCGCCGUAAUUGCGACCGUGCUUUUUGCUUUUUUUUUCAUCUCUGGCCUCCCUUGACUCUGUUCCUGCUCCUAAGAACUAUCUACGCAGUCACUUUGGACCAACUUAUGUCCUAUUUUUAAUGAAUCGUUCUUGCUAAAGUCGCACCUGUAAGGCGAUAUGGCCCAGUGGUAAAAGACGUGAUUCUUUACCGACGAUUACAGAUUCAAACUCGGGCAAGCAUCUCUGAAUUCUCAUAUGCUUUGUUUGGGUUCAUAAUUCAUCAACUGAACUAGCGUAUUGUACACAUUUACGAUCCUUACAGGAUAAACAAUCAUUUGCGAUUAGGUAUACAAUAAACAUCUCGUAGAAAUGUCGACAAAAUUUUAUUUCUAGAUAUUGUCCUAUAAACAAAAUCUAUUAUCGUCGACUCUUAAGCUCCAUAGGAAUCCGUCCAGCUGUUCAAAGUUCAACGACCGACCCUCCAGUACUCCAUUCUCUUAGUUCUUGUUAUAAAUAUUUUUUAUUACACACAAACGAUCAUACAAAGGAUUAAUUAAAUACGGAACAAAAAUAAGAGACUAUUACGGUAAUUUCAUCCAAUCCGUUGUAUGCAUCUGGUGUUUAAUAUGGGCGAUUUCACACGACACUGGAUUCUGUAAUCAAAUAAGUUCUUGAAGUAAAAUGUCAUUGCGAUAUUUAUAAAUAUAUAAAAUUACUAGUUUUCGAUCGGGGUUUCGCCCGCGUGUUUCGGGGGAGGAGCAGAUGUUGGGUAUAAAACAAGCGUAUGUUACUUCAUUAUGGUUUUAGCUUGCUUCAUACCAAUCGAGUCAGUGCCCUGAUAGCGUAACGAUAUACAGAGUUAUUUUCACAUUUAUAAUUUUAUAAGAUAAUUCUAUGUAUGAAAUGCCGCAUUCAAAGUACUUCGAUUUGUUUUUAAAACGAUUUUUCAUAUUGUAUAAAUAAAUUUAAUUUAAGACUAUUUAAGAUUUUUAUUAUAUUCUUUUAAGUGAUAUUUUAUUUAUUUGUAAUGUAGCUUAUAUUCUUCUACUACGUUCUUGAGAAGUAUGUUUCUAGUUAAAUGUAUUUUAUUUUAAGCAAAUUAAAAUUACUGUAUUGAUCUCUUUUUAUAUCGCCUAGGUGUAAUUAUUUUUAAAACAAACCCAUUGUUUCAAGUCAGGCAGCCAAUAUAUUGUAUUAAUAAUAAAAUAAAAUUAUAUGAAUCGAGGAACGUUCUUGUUUAAGAAUU